UUUUUUUAAACAUAUCCUGUUCCUGUCUCAGAAUGUUCUUUUGCUCUGGCAACCAGGUCUGAAAGAGUGAGGUUAAGGUCUUGGCAGGUUCCGUUUUCUUUCCACUGAAUAUUACGCUGGAACGGAGCAGCAGAUUCUGAGGACAAGACAUUGAGAGGGAAGAAAAACUGGUUUAGUCAUCUCAAUGGAUGCGAUACUGAAUUACAAGUCGGAAGAUACUGAAGAUUACUACACAUUACUGGGAUGUGAUGAACUGUCUUCGGUUGAACAAAUCCUUGCAGAAUUUAAGGUCAGGGCCCUGGAAUGUCACCCUGACAAGCAUCCUGAAAAUUCCAAAGCUGUGGAGACUUUUCAGAAACUGCAGAAGGCAAAGGACAUUUUGACUAAUGAAGCAAGUCGAGCCCGCUAUGACCAGUGGCGAAGGAGCCAGAUGUCAAUGUCAUUCCAGCAGUGGGAAGCUUUGAGUGACUCGGUGAAAAUGUCAAUGCACUGGGCUGUCAGAGGAAAAAAGGAUCUGAUGUUGGAAGAAUCUGACCAGACUCAUACUGACAAAAUUGAAAAUGAGGAACAGGACGAGCAAAAACAGAUAAAGAAAGAGGAGUUUGGUUCAACCACAGAGAAAAUGGAGCAGAAAGAAUCCAAAUCUGUGGAGAAGUCAUUCUCCCCACAAAAUCCAGAUUCUCCAGGUUUUGCAGACGUGAACUGUUGGCACCUUCGUUUCCGCUGGUCUGGGGAUGCUCCUUCAGAACUCCUGAGGAAAUUCAGAAACUAUGAAAUAUGAAAUAUCCCUGUUCCAUAGAGGAGAGAGAAAAAGAAAGAAAGAAAGAGAGAGAGAGAGAAGAGAGAUCAUUUCUUGUGCUGCCAACUUGCAGUCUUUCUUCAGAUCUUAAAAAUGUCAUAUUUGUGAAUUGCUGAGUACCAAAUCAUUCCUCCAUCCUUGAACCCAUUCUCUCAAUGUGUUUUUUAAAUGAGAAAAUUUUCAGACUAAUUUCUUUCAAUAUUGAAGUAAAUUAAGGCCCUUAGAUCCAGAGUAGAUUGUAUUAUGUGUACUUUCCUGUUAAUGUUAUUUAUAGAUAUCUAUUAAAAAUCAAUCCCUGUUGUUAAAUAUUUCAUUGAUGUUCCAUGAUCGUUAUUAGUGCUGGAUAUACAAGAAAUGUUUUGUGACUCUGAACUUAGAAUGAAAUGUGAAAUUACUUAUGUAUAUUGAAUGAAAUAAAUAAUCUUUCCAAAGUU